CGAUCCAUUAGGGUUACUUUCUCCCGCAACUAUUCAGGCCAAAAUAUUGAUACAAAAAUUAUGGAUUCUCAAGGUAGAAUGGGAUCAACCCGUACCCACUGACAUUCUUAAAGAGUGGAAGCGCAUACAAGAAAAUACAGACGUAUUAUAUUCUAUACAAAUUCCGCGAUAUGUAAUCAGCAAAGAUAAUGUUACAAUCGAACUUCAUUCGUUCAGCGACGCAUCUAUGUUCGGAUACGGGACAUGUAUCUAUGUAAAAACGAUCGACGCGUACGGUAGGUCGAGCGUUCAAUUAUUGUGCGCUAAGUCGAGGGUAGCGCCUAGCGGCAAGCCGAUGACGAUUCCCCGCCUCGAAUUAUCGGCGGCGCUCCUCGCCGCUAAGCUCUGCGCGUCCUGCCUUACGUCUAUACGUGCACGUAUAGCCCAUUGCAUACACUGGUGCGAUUCAAGCGUUGUACUCGGCUGGAUUAAAACCAGUCCAACCAAACUAAAAAUGUUUGUCGCGAACAGAGUUGCAGAAAUAUGUGAAAACACACAGAGUUCAUCUUGGCGUUACGUACCUACAAAUUUAAACCCGGCAGAUCUUAUAUCUAGGGGCAUAGACGCCAAUCGUCUACGAGACUCCACGCUUUGGUGGAACGGUCCUGAGUUCCUACUCCAGGAGCAACAUAAUUGGCCUACUUUAAAUUCGAAUAUAGUACAAGAGCUACCGGAAUUAAAAUUGCACUCAAGCAUUAUUGAACCGAAUUUAAUUAUAUUUGAAAAUCAUUCAAAUUUUACAAAAUUAAGUCGUUGCUUUUCGUACGUAUUAAGAUUCAUACACAACUGCACACAUCCGAAUUCAAGGCGUACUGGUAAUUUAACUACUAUAGAAUUACAUGAAUCAUUCACAAGGCUUGUUAUAUUUAGUCAGCUGUGUUCCUUUCAAAGAGAAUAUACUUGCCUGGCAAAUAAAUCAACAAUAAAUACAAAGAGCAAGCUCUUAUCACUUUCGCCAUUUCUCGACGAAAAUAAAGUCAUGCGUGUAGGUGGACGGCUCGAUUCAUCUGCAUACAGCUACGAAAAGAGACACCCGAUUGUAUUAGACGGGAAACAUCAUUUUACCAAAUUAUUAUUUCGCCGCGAGCACUUGCGCCUAUUGCAUGCCGGACCUCAGGCAUUACUUUAUUCGGUCAGAGAAACAGUCUGGCCACUGGGGGGAAGAUGCCUGGCAAGACGCACGGUCCGCGAAUGCGUACUAUGCAGGCGACAUCAAGGUCGAACUUUGAACCCCAUGAUGGGAAAUUUACCAUCACAGCGGGUGAUGCCUGCCUUUCCAUUUCAUACUGUCGGUAUCGACUUCGCGGGUCCGUUUCAGAUGCUGACUAGAAAGGGUCGAGGUGCAAAAACGAUUAAAUGCUAUUUGUGUUUGUUUAUUUGCUUCCGUUACAAAUGCGUCCACUUAGAAGCCGUAACUGACCUUUCCAAGGAUGCACUAAUUUUAACCAUGCGUCGCAUGAUAUCCAGACGCGGGAAACCAGCCCAGAUUUUCAGUGACAAUGGUCGAAACCUGGUUGCCGCAGCUAGGGAAAUUACAGAAUUUUUGAAAACAAAUCCCGUCAUAUCUGACUUCGCAGCUGACAACCAAAUUAAAUUUUCUUUUUUACCGGCGUACGCCCCUCACUUCGCAGGCUUAUGGGAAGCAGGCAUAAAAUCUGCCAAGCACCAUAUAAAGAGAUACAUAGGAAAUAACAAAUUAACAUUUGAAGAACUGAGUACACUCUUUGCGCAAGUGGAGGCUAUCUUAAAUAGUCGUCCCUUGUAUCCCAUGUCUUCCUCUCCUAACGAUAUGCUCCCUCUAUCCCCAGGGCACUUCUUGAUCGGCCGGCCGCUGACAAGUUUGCCGUCGCCGCAGAUCGAAGACAGCACCAGCACCAGCAGUCUUGACCGCUACGCGAGAAUCGAGAGCAUAAGGCAGCAGUUUUGGCGUCGGUGGCAAAGGGAAUAUAUUAGCGAGCUCCAGCAGCGCACCAAAUGGCGCACUUAUAAGGACAAACUACACGUCGGAGACCUCGUCAUUCUACAAGACGACAACCUCGCUCCACUUCACUGGCGUAUGGGCAGAGUGGUAGGAUUAUUUCCUGGCCCUGAUGGCAUUUCAAGAGUGGCGGAAAUAAAAACCACUAGAGGAGUCGUCAGAAGAGCUUUGACUCGGAUUUGCCCUCUUCUUUCGGAAACUUCAUCUUAAACACCCUCGGUGUUUCAGAAGGGGGAAUCAUGUCGGCGCGCUUUACAACCAUAGUGUAACGUCAAGUACGCAUAUAAUUAAUGUCAAUGUCAGUGAACUUCGCGUCAUCUGUCAAUGUAACUUGUCACACAAAAAUAUGCAAUAUCAUUCACUUCUUCAAAUACAACCUUCGCUGAGG